UUAGAGGAGGGAAGCGACACAAUUUGACCACGGGAGGUCAAGAUGCCAACACCGGUUGCAAAAGGAAUAAUUAUCACUGUUUCAGCCCUUGUUGCUGCGGGCAUUGCAGUUUAUGAAUCGCCUCAGUUUCGAGAAUGGGUCAACACUUCGCGACGCAAGAUUGCCGUCGCAUUGCAUAAUCUCGGCGAUGAGAUCCACCCUCGAACGUCUGCCUCACCUACGAGGCAAGAUAUAUCUAUGACUGAAGAGCUGGGUCCGGAAGCUGAAGAGCGUAGGCGGAUAGCAAGGGAAGAGCUCCAACGACGACGUUCCGUGCUCGAGGAACACCGAAAAAGAAGGGAAAGUGCCCCGGCGGGAUCGUUCGAUGCGCUUGUUGAUGAUAAUGGCUGUUUGCUUCGGACUGACAGCCCAGAACCUUCUCGAGGACUGGGUAAGGGUAGCUCUACCGCCGUAGAGAUGGCAGCAUCCCAGGCUAUCCAGCGCGGUAAACCUAAUGCUUCUCCGACUCCUAUGGCCGAAAUGCAGGCUACUGGCACAGCUCUUACGAGGCAGAACCUGCAAGUGGCGAUACCAGCAGCUGCAGGUGCGGCUGCAGCUUCUGCGACACUUAUUGACUACACACCUACUUCCGAGACAUCAGGUAUGGACUUCUCAACAUCUACACUGAAUCCUACCGAGGAGGUCGAGCGACCCCUUUCACGGUCGUCGAGUCAUACCGAGGGUUAUUCAGAAAUACUUUUUGCUCAUCCGGGUCCUUCGCCGAAUGAGCCUGGCCGCGAUAUGAGAUCACCGUUCUCCGAUCUGUCGGAUUUGGAUUCUACUGGCGCCGAACACCACGAGCGACCGUCUACGCCGUCAACGGCUGGUAGCUUCAGUCAGAUUUAUGAAUCCGCUGCGGACGAAUGGUCAGAUGGCACGUUGAGUGACCAUGGACGGUCGACGCAAGGAGUCGCCACCCCAGCCAGCUGGUCGGAGGUGGGCAGCGUAGUCAGCAACGAGGAUUUGCACAAUCGCUUGUAGGCAUGUGGGAAAUUUUUAUAGAAUAAUUCCGAUAUUGGACAGGCUUGCUUGGAGGAUGGCGCGGUAUGGACGGGACGGGUGUCUCGGAGUUCUUUCGAUUUUUGCUGAUUAUGCUGCAAUUUCACAUGGCUUUGUAGAAUUUAAAUUUAGUCCAAGCUUCCAUACAUCGCUUUAGUUUAGUUGCAG